GAUCAGCCAUUAGCAAAGAACAAUCAGCUUAAGUCCUUUGGACCUGAUCAACGAUACCAGGGCUACCGAUUUGAACUCUUUUGGCUUACUCUCUCUGAAAUAAUGAAGUAUACAAGUUAUACACUGGCUUUCCUGCUUUCUAUCAUUUUGGGAUCUUCUAGCUGUUACUGCCAGGCCCCAUUUAUGAAAGAAGUACAAAACCUGAAGAACUAUUUUAAUGCAACUGAUCCAGGAGUAGGGGAUACUGGGCGUCUUUUUGUAGAUAUUUUGAAGAAUUGGACAGAGGAGAGUGACAAAAAAAUAUUUCAGAGCCAAAUCGUCUCUUUCUACUUCAAACUUUUCGAAAGCUUCAAAGACAACCAGGUCAUCAAAAAGAGUGUGGAUAUCAUCAAGGAAGACAUGAUUGAUAAAUUCUUCAACAGCAGUCCCACUAAACUGGAUGUCUUUCUAAACUUGACUCGAAUUUCAGUAAAUGAUGUACAAGUCCAGCGCAAGGCAAUAUAUGAACUCCUCAAUGUGAUGAUUGACCUGACCCCAAAAUCUAACCAAAAGAAGCGAAAAAGGAGUCAGAUGCUGUUUCGAGGUCGGAGAGCUUCCAGAUAAUGAUCAAUCUGCCUUCAGUAUUUGAAUUUUCUAACCUAAAUCUAUUUAUUAAUAUUUAACAUUAUUUAUAAA